UUUGUCAAGAACGCCAUGUCCCUGCCCCAGCUGAACGAGAAGGAGGCCACGGAGAAGGGUUCCAGCAAGCUGCCCAAGAGCCUGUCGUCCAGCCCCGUGAAGAAGGGGAGCACCGGGGAGGGGGAUGUGGAGGAGCAAGGUGCCGGAGAGGGGCUGCCCCGCCGCAAUGGGGCCGGGUGUCCCCACUCGCCGGACCCCCUCCUGGAUGAGCAGGCCUUUGGGGACCUGACGGACCUGCCCGUGGUGCCCAAAGCAAGCUACGGGCUGAAGCACGCUGAGUCCAUCAUGUCCUUCCACAUCGACCUGGGGCCCUCCAUGCUGGGUGACGUGCUCAGCAUCAUGGACAAGGAUGAGUGGGAGCCCGAGCAGGAGGAGGAUGGAGGUUACCACGGCGAUGAGGGCCCCAGCGGUCUCGCUGCCCCGGCUCCUCUUCCCGCCUCGGUGGCCCCUCCGCUGGCCAGGCAGGAAGGCAAGGCCGGGCCGGACUCUUCCUCGCUGCCCUCCCACGCUCUGGAGGAUGAGGGGUGGGCGGCGGCAGCCCCCAGCCCCUGCUCGGCCCGCAGUGUGGGCAGCCACACCACGCGGGACAGCAGCUCCCUGUCCAGCUGCACCUCGGGGGUCCUGGAGGAGCGCAGCCCCGCCUUCCGGGGGCCGGACAGGGCCCGGGCCACCCUCCCGAGGCAGCCGGACAAGGAGUUCUCCUUCAUGGACGAGGAGGAAGAUGAGAUCCGCGUGUGAGGGCAGGAGGCUGCGCUCCAGGCUCCUGGCUUCCUCUCCUCCUGGAGCCCACCCACUGCAACUUC